AUGGAAAAGCAUCCCUGGCCUGAGCACGAGCCUAAAAUUACCUUUGGGGCAAGAGCGGUCGAGCGCUCCCACCAUGAUGACGGUCUGGUGAUCUCCAUUCAAAUCGGUAAUGCCCGAGUUAAGAGGGUGAUGGUUGACACUAGGAGUUCCGCCGACGUCCUCUACUUUGAUGCCUUUGAGAGGCUCGGCUUGACCCAAGGAGAUCUUACCCCUGUGAUGUCAGCUCUUACAGCGUUCAUUGGGGAUUCCAUCUCUCUGCUCGGGACCACAAUGCUCCCCAUCACCAUCGGGGAGGAACCGAGGGCGAAAACAAUAAUGACCACCUUCAUGGUGGUCGACUUGCCCUCGGCCUACAACGUCAUCCUCGGUCGCCCGACCCUCAACAGGAUUCAGGUGGUAGUCUCCACCUAUCACAGAACCAUCGAGUUCCCAACCUCAGCUAGGGUUGGGGAGGCCCUAAGCAACCCGAGGGAGUCGAGGCAAUGCUACCUCACCGCGGUUGCUCUCCCAGCAAAGCCGCACUCAACCUCGGUUCCCGACCCUCGUGAAGCACCUGUACCACAAGUGACGCUGGAGCCCCCAGAGCCUCUUAUCAAGGUACCCCUAAAGCGGAGUUGA